AUGGCUUACCACUUGUUCAAAAAGUUACAAAAGGUUAGCAGCAAAGAGAAUAAACAAAAGAACGAAAAGAAAAAUGAUGAUAUUGACGAAUGGAUAAAAUAUUUGAAUGAAAAUAGUAGAAAAGAAAAAUUGUUGGAGGAACGCGAUAGUGAUACAAGUAAAGAUGAUAAAAAUAGUAGUUAUAUUAAUGAAUAUGUAGAAUAUUUAAAUAAAGUUUUAAAAUAUACAGAAUGUAUAAAAAAUAAAAAAGAUAUCGAAGAGAAUGAAACUAAUAAAGAUGAUAUACAUGGUAUAAAUAAUGAAGAUGAACACACAAAAAUAAAAAUAAAUAUGAAUAUACAUAUGAAUGAUGAUAUUGAUAAAGGUUGUAGUUAUAAUAUAAAUAAUAAAUCGUCAUAUAUAAAAAGAAUUUGUAAAAUAUUAUAUAUUAUUGAUUUAUAUAACAAUUUAAAAAAUGAUCCAAAUAAAUGUGAUAUAUGUAUUAAAAAUAAUGUGUUUGUUAUAUUUGAAGAUAUAUUUUUAAAUAGUUUAGAGAUAUUAAAUAAAUUAUUAUCUUUAAAUAAAGACAUGUUUUUAAAAAAAAAUAUAAAAAUAGAUUGUAAUCAAUUAAAAGACUAUAUAAAUAAUAUAAAUAUAUUACUUACUGAAACAAAUAAUGGAGAAUUAUUUUUUUCUGUUUUUUUCUUAGAAGGCGAUAAUUCUAGUUCCAUAUUUUUAAUAUAUGAAAUAAUAUUAAUUCUUCAGAAAAUAUAUAUAUAUGAUAAUAUUAAUUUUUAUUUAUAUGUACAUAACAAUAUUAUAUAUUCAAAUAAAGUAAAUUCUUCUUAUUAUUAUAAUAUCUAUUCAUUGAAGUGUUUACAAAUACUGUAUCAUGAUUAUUAUAAAGAUAAGACACAAAUUUAUGAUGAAGACUUGAAUAUCUAUGCUACAAAAUUAUAUCAUCAAUAUUUAAUAUUAUUAAAUAAUAUAAAGAAGAAUAAAAUAAUGUACCUUGAAUAUAUAUCAAUCUUUUUUAAUGAAAAUCCUAAUAUGAAUGAUCAACUUUUAAAUGAUAACAUAAAAAAUAAAAAUGACCCUCAUGAAGAACAAUAUGUAUACAAAACUAAAACAAAAAGUUAUUAUAUAAAUAAUAAUAAUAAUAAUAAUAAUAAUAAUAAUAAUGAUUUCUUUUCUAUACCAGCAAAUAAAUCCUUUAGUUCUAAGUUAUUCAUUUCAGAACAAAAUAAGCAACUUCAAAGGAUAUUGAGAAAAUUGAGUUGUAUAAAAAAAUGGAAUAACAACAUGAUGAUGUAUUUUGAUACAUUAUAUGAUUUUUCAUCACAGGGGGAUUUAAAUAUUUAUAAAUAUUUGGAUGAUAUAGAAAAUAGAAACGAAGUGGAUAAGAAUAAAAUCAUGAGAAAUCAAAAUAGUGAUCAUAAGGAUGAUUGUAUUAAAGCAUUAAAUAAAUAUAAUUAUAAAAUACAUAAUUCUAAUGUAUCCCAACAUGAAGGAUGCUCAUCCAAUAUGCAUAUGAUACAUGAGAAAGAAGAGAAUAAAAAGGAUAAUGAUAAAUUAUAUUAUUCAUCUCAUAGUAGUAAUGAAGAUAAUAAAAACGAAACAUCUACUAAUUACUUUAGUAGUUAUAUGUCGAAUUCGUUUGUUUCUAUAGAUGAGGAAUAUUAUUAUUAUAAUGAAGAAAAUUCAAAAAAAAGGAUAAAUAAAAGAAAAAAAGAAAAUAGGAAAUAUAUAGAUGAAGACAAUUUAUAUCUAUUAAUGAUACGAAAAAAGAAAAUAGAUAAUAUUAGAAAUAAUAUACAUAAAUUGGUAUUAAAUAAAAGUAAUUUUAUAGAUAGAUUAUUGUCUAUAGUUAAUUGUAAUGAGGAUGCUUAUCUGAUCAAUGAGAUUUUGUUAUUAUUUUUAUUAUUUUCACAAAAUUCCACUGAAAUUAAAAAUAUAAUAACAUAUGGAAGAAUCAUAGAAACCAUGAUGAAGAUGAUUAGAGAGGAACAUGCAUGUCUUUUUGAAAAAUGUGAAGAGUUGUAUUUUUUAAUAAAUGACAUAAAUCUAAAGAUGUAUGAUAAGGAAAAAACAAAAAUUUUUAAUUACACGUGUUAUAUGGAAUAUAUGAGAAAAUAUCAAGAUGGAAUAGAUAUACAAAAUAUUGAUAGAAAUAUUGUAGUUAUGGAUAAUUACAGUAAUUAUUAUCUUAAAAAGGAUGUGUUCAAAAGUUCGGAGGUGUCGAAACAAAAUAAUAAUAUUGAUAAUAUAUGUACAAAAGAGUAUGAAGAAAGAUUAAAAGAGGUUAAACAAAUUGAUAACGAAAAAGGAAAAAAAAAAGUAGAUACAUAUAACAUACAUAAUGAUAAUAAUAUAUAUAAUAAUGGUUUAUAUGAUAAUAAUACAUAUUAUUAUAAUAAUAUUAUAAAUACCUUUCUUGAAGAAAUACAAAAUACAAAUAGAAAAGAUAAAGAAAUGGAAUUAUAUUUAGAUAAUAUUUCAAUAAAUAUAGAUAUAAAAAGUAGUUUGUUACUUUUAAAAGAUUUAAUUAUUAGCAGUGAAUUUGGUUUAAAAUAUAUAUACGAAUUAAAUAUGUUAGAAGAUUUUAUACUUAUUAUUAUUAAUUUAUAUAAUAUAAUUUUAUAUAUAUAUAAAAAUGAUAUGUAUAAAUAUUACCAUAAUACAUUAUAUUUUAUAAAUAUAUUCUUAGAAAUAUUAUAUAAGUUAUCUCAUUAUGAAAAUAAAAAUAAAGACCAAGUCGGUUUAAAGAAAUUGAUACCUCUAAUAAAAAAUUUACAAUUUUGUGAAAACUCUUUUUUUUUUCUAUUUAAAUUUAUAUAUAUAUAUAUGUAUAAAAUGAUCAAAAAUGUAAAUAUAUAUAAUUCUUCUGAAAAUAUAAGGAAUUAUAAAAAUGAUAAAGUAUAUGUGGAUGAAGAUGAUUAUUCCACUUUAAAAAAAAAUAACGCCGAUAAAAAAAUUACUGAUGAUGAAAAAAUUAGUGACGAUAAAAAAAUGAGUGACGAUAAAAAAAUGAGUGACGAUAAAAAAAUUAGUGAUGAUAAAAAAAUUAGUGACGAUAAAAAAAUUAAUGAGUAUAAUAAUAAAUGUGUUGAUAAUAAAUGUUUUGAUAAUAAUGAUCAGAAAAAUUUCCUUCUUUGUAAUAAUAAUAGUUUAUCAAGUUUGUGUGUACAAGAUGAAAAUGAGAAAGUAUUAAACAUUUUUAUAAACCACCAUUUUAUACAUUUUUUUAAUAUUUUAUGUAGAUUUUUAUAUUACGAUGAAGAAUGGUGUAUUCAUUUUUUAUUUAAUAAUUAUAAUAAAGGUUCCAAAAAAAGUAUUGAUAUACAUAGUGAAGAAAAUAUUUUUAUUGAGGCCAGUUUUAAAAUUCAGAAUUAUUUUUUUCUAGAGGAUAUAUUAACUUAUUAUUUAAACAAUUUAAAAGAAGUAAAAUAUAUAGAUAUGUUAUUAAUAUUAUUAUUUUAUUGUAAAAAUUAUGUUAUUCAAAAAAAUAUUUAUGAAUUUUUUAUUUGUUUAUGUGAAAAGUAUACCAUUCUAUCGAAUUAUCUGAAUACACUAUUUUUUGUUGACCACACCAUAUUCUAUUAUUUUAUUAAUUAUAUUAUGGAGAGUAUAAGAACGUCUUUUCUGAGGAUAAAAGAUAAAAUGAUUCGAAAGGAAAAAAAGAAAAAUAAUAUGAUAAAAAAAUAUGAUAAUGAAGAUAUCACAAAUAAAGGCACGUCUAACGAAUCGUAUACUGUCAUCAAUUCAUAUAAUAAUAAUAAUAAUAAUAAUAAUAAUAUUUAUAAUAAUUAUUAUAUUAAUGAGAAUAUUAUAUAUGAUCAUAAUAUAUCCUUCGGCUUUUUUGUAAAUUAUAUGAACGACCUAGAGUUUUUAAUAAAAAUUUUAAAUAUAAUAAAUGUGUAUAUAAAUGAUAAAGAUGAAAAGAAUGAAAUAAUUGCUGAUAAUAAUGAUAUGGCAAACAUAGAUUUAAAUUUUGAAGAAAUUAUUUAUUAUAAUAGUAUAUAUAUAAAUAAGUUGAAAGGAAAAGAUAUUUAUGGUUAUUUAAAAAAAUUAAAUAAUAGUUUAAUGAGAAAUAUUUUAAUAUUAAGAAUAAAUAAUAUUUUAUAUAAAUAUAAUAAUCAUCCUAUUGAUGAUGAAUAUAUAUAUGGAUCAUUGAAAUAUCUAUUAUAUUUUUUAUCUAACAAAUUAAUAUGUAAAAAAAAAAUAAAAUGUCUUAUAUGUGUAUAUAUUAGUAUACUUAUUAUAUAUUAUAUAAGAAAUGAAAAAAUAAAAAUUAUGUUAAUACAAUAUAUUAUACAGAAUCAUUUAUUCAAUGUUUUAUAUAAUUUAUUAAAUUAUUAUUGUACUUAUAAAUUUAAUACAAAAUAUUUUUUCCUUUCUUCCUUUGUGAAAAAUAAGGAUUUACAUAUUAAUAUUAAAAAUGUAUUAGAUAUAAAGAGAAAUAAAUAUUUCUUCUAUUAUUCCAAUGAAAAGGCACUUUAUUUUAUACAUUAUAUUUAUACAAAUUUUAUACAUCACUCAUUUUUAACAAACGUUUUUGAACAAAGAGGAAACUUUUUUUUAAAUAACCCUGAAUUAAAUAAUAGCUCCGGUUUUAAAAAUAUUGAGGAAACAAACAAAAAAAAUAAAAAAAAUAAUAAAAAAAAUAAAAAAAUAAAAAAAAAAAAUGAAAAUGAAAAAAACCAAUAUCUAUUAAAUUAUAAGGAUAAAAAUUAUGAUUAUAUAUAUAACAAACAUUUUGACAAUAAUAAUGAUAUAUUUACUUUAGAUGAACAUAAAUGCUUUUAUGAUAAUAAUUUUAAAGAAAUAUCGAAUGAAAGACUUUAUAAUUUAUAUUCCGCGCCUUCCAAAAAGAAUGCAAAAAAAAACAAGAAAAAUAAAUUAAUAAAAGAUAUAAAUGAAGAUCUAUGCUAUUUAAGAAAAAAACUAGACAAUCAAGAAAUAGAACAUAUACAAGAAAAGGUUUAUUUAAAUAAAAUCAUUGAAAAAAAAAAUGAUAUCAUAAACAAUAUUUUAUAUACAUAUGUAUUAUUAAAAGAAAAAAAUAAAAAAACAGAGGAAGAAAAUAUACACUUGAAAAAUGCAUUAUUAUUAAAAGAAAAAGAAAAUGAUAUUAUUUUAAACAAAAAUAUAGAUAGUAUUAAAAAUGAUUACAUAAUUUUAUUAAAAAAUUUGGAGGAAACGAAAAAUGAAAAGGACAAAAUCAAUACACAAUUAGAUAAUUACACUGAUUUGUUAAUAUAUUUAUAUGAUAAUAUUAAAGAAUGCAGAUUGUAUAUGCAAAAUAUUGAAAAUAUUACUUUCUUUAAAAAUAAAAAUGAAAAGUAUAAUCAAGAAAAAUAUUUCAGUAUACAACAGAAGACUGAUCAGCCAAUAGAAGCUUCAAUUGAACAGGUUCAUAAGGAUGAAGUAAAUAAUGUCAUUCAUGUGGUGAAUCAGAUGGAUAAGAUAUGUCUAGACAAUAAAAGUAUAAAUAUAGUAAAUGAAAAAAAAAAUAAUAUGGAUGAAAUUUGUUACCCUGAUAAAAAUUACAAUUAUAAUGAAAAAAGGGAACAAUUGGAUAAUUUAAUGAAUAAUCAAAUGAAUAGAAAUGAAAUGUAUCAAAAAAGUGAAGAAAUAUAUGAACAGUCAUGUAAUGAGACAAAUAAGAAGCUAUAUAAUGAGACAAAUAAGGAGCUGCCUAAUGAGACAAAUAAGGAGCUAUAUAAUGAGAAAAAUAAGGACCUUUAUAAUGAGACAAAUAAGGAGCUGCAUAAUGAGACAAAUAAGGAGCUGCAUAAUGAGACAAAUAAGGAGCUGCAUAACGAGACAAAUAAGCAGCCAUAUAAUGAGACAAAUAAGCAGCCAUAUAAUGAGACAAAUAAGCAGUCAUAUAAUGAAACAAUUGGACAAUCAUAUACUCAACAACAUGAACAUCCAUAUAAUCAUACAAAUGGACAGUCAUACAGUCAACAAUGUGAACAUCCAUAUAAUCAUACAAAUGGACAGUCAUACAGUCAACAAUGUGAGCAUCCAUAUAAUCAUACAAAUGGACAAUCAUAUCCUCAACAACAUGAACAUCCAUAUAAUCAUACAAAUGGACAAUCAUAUCCUCAACAACAUGAACAUCCAUAUAACCAACCAUAUCAUGAAAUGUACGGACAACCUUAUGACACUUCAAAUUAUCAAUCAUAUAAUCAAAUGUAUGGGCAAUAUUAUGAUAACACAAAUUUUCAAACAUAUAAUCAGAUGUAUGAUCAACAUUAUGAUAAUGCAAAUUACCUAACGUAUAAUCAAAUAGAUGACAAUAAGAAUAAUCCAAAGUAA